AUGAGGUGGAGAGUCGGCAGGUGCGCUGAUGCGCACGAUGGGCAGCAGCGAGGCCCAUCGCUUCGACACCAUCCCCAAGCCAUGGCACGGGCUGACAUCGGACUCCACGCUGGGCUCCGCGUCGCUCGCGACAGCAGCGUAUUGAGAGUCCUUGUCGGUGAGCUUCGCCACCGUGAGACUUACUCGUCGCCGCUGAAGGGUAUCCUAGCCCGCACUCAAUGCCGGUCCGCAAUCACACAAGGCCCGCCCUCACUCCCGUCGUCGUCACUCCCGUCGUUCUCUCUCUCCCGUCACACUCUCAUUCUUGUCGCGUUCGCACUCCCGUCGCUCUCUCACACCCGUCGCGCUCUCACUCCCGUCGCGCUCUCGCUCAGGUCGCGCUCUCACUCCCACCGCUCUCUCACUCCCGUCGCUCUCUCACUCCCGUCGCUCUCUCACUCCCGUCGCGCUCUCACUCUCGUCGCUCUCUCGCUCCCGUCGCGCUCAUUCUACCGUCGCGCUCUCACUUCUUUGCGCUCUCACUCCCGUCGCUCUCUCACUCCCGCCGCGCUCUCAUCUCCCGUCGCUCUUCCCCCUCCCUACGCGCUGCUCCCACCUCCCUACGCGCUGCUCCCACCUCCCUACGCGCUGCUCCCCCCUCCCUACGCGCUGCUCCCCCCUACGCACUGCUCUCCUCUCCCUACGCGCUGCUCCCCCCUCCCUACGCGCUGCUCCCCCUCCCUACGCGUAGCUUCCCCCUCCCUACGCGCUGCUCCCCCCUCCCUACGCGCUGCUCCCCCCUACGCGCUGCUCCCCCCUCCCUUCGCGCUGCUCCCCCUCCCUACGCGUAGCUUCCCCCUCCCUACGCGCUGCUCCCCCCUCCCUACGCGCUGCUCCCCCCUACGCGCUGCUCCCCCCUCCCUACGCGCUGCUCCCCCUCCCUACGCGCUGCUCCCCCCUCCCUACGCGCUGCUCCCCCCUACGCGCUGCUCCCCCCUCCCUACGCGCUGCUCCCCCCGCCCUACGCGCUGCUGCCCCUGA